AAUGUCAAGGCGAACAAAACUUGCACUCCCGAGAGAUAUACUAUCAAACUAUACAUAUCCUAAAAAAUAUUGCAGUAAAAAUAUUGUACUUCUUUCUUCUCUCAUACGUGUGACGUGUUAAGAGAUCAUUUAUUUUCAAAAUGGACGCCAGUGGACACAUACCUAAGAAGUAUGCUAUCAUUCGGUUUUUAAAAAGUUUGCCUAUUGAAGGAAUAUUACACCAUCAGUGUGUUCCUACAUCAUGGAUACAUAAUUGCGACGAUCGUGUCGUGGUUUCUUGUCCACGGGAAUUAACUGUCGCAAAAUUUGAGAGCCUUUUGCAAGCCGGGAAGAAAAAUCAACCAGCAUGGGGUUCCCUCAGUGCUGAGAUUGUGUGGUAUUCGGAUACCUAUUUGCCAAUCGGAAAGGGUGUAAAGAUGCCUCCUGGUUUUAAUACCAGAAAUAACUUGGAGGAAAACGAACUAGAAGCGUCACUCAAUGAAACGGAAAGUAAUCUGGCUGCUGGACCAUCUCAAGAACAGAACUGCCAACGUAUCAAGUCUGAGCUGUCAAGUAAUGUUCAGUUAAAACUACGGAAUGAACCAGAAACUGUGGAAAAUCCUGGACAUUCACACCAGCCUCCCAACAUAAGUCAGCCAGGGGAUUUUAGCCCCGUUGAGUCGAACACUGCAAUUAAAUAUAAAACUCCUGAAUCGUCAAGAAACUCAAGCGAAUAUAGCUUUAGGUACCAACGAAAUGAAGCUACUAAUUCAAAAAGUACAGAAUACCGGGAUCAUUUUUUCGUGUAUAAAUAUGAUGCACGCGCUACUGAAGACGACGUUUUUAAUCGCCUCGAAAAAAUUUGCCGAGGAGGCAUACAAAGAGACCAAUGUAACAUCAGACAAAAGUUGAACUCAGUUGCAAAAUAUGGUCAUACAGCCUUCAACGUGGAAGCGCCAAGAAAAUAUAGAGAUGAUAUUUUAGACCAGCGCAAUUGGCCAGACCGAGUUAUUGUAAAGCUAGAACAACCAAAAAACAGUUUUAGACGUAGACACAACAUACCAUAUAAACUUUCGAGUGGUAGAGAUGAAUCUCCCCGCAAAACAAAAACGGAAUGGGAGAGGCAAGACAAUUCCGCAAAAAGGGCCCGGCGUGAACGAGAGCCAUUUCGUGCCGAACGAAGGAGCCAAUCGUAGCUUCAGGAUAGAUAUGAUUUACCAAAACGUUAAUGGCUUACGGACAAAAUCGGACGUAUUUUAUAAAAAUU